AUGACGGAGGCAAAUCCACAGCGUUUAUUAUCGCGGGAGGACGUCCACACACUCGUGCGGGCCAUGACGGCAGAAAUGCAGACAACUUCUUUUUUUGAACGACUGCGGGAGGUCGUUCUUCGCGGGCCGCUGCCCACAGAUGAUUUGGAACUUAUCGCCGUGGUGGAAUCUAUGCAGCGGGAAUUUCUCGCCGAUCAAUACAAAAAGAUGCAGAUUCCUGCGCAUGAUCCUAAUAAUAAUAAUAAUAAUAAUAAUAAUAAUAAUAAUAAUAAUGAUAUUAAUAAUAAUAAUAAUAAUAAGAACAGUGAGGGGACACUGGAUGGAGAGGUGAUAUUAAAGGAGUUGCAGCGGGGUGUAUUAAACUAUCCCGAUAAGGAAACAGAGACAUUGAUUAGGAAUAUGUGCAUGCUGCAGGAAUCCAGAAUGAUUGCCCUCUGUGCGAAUACCCCAGAGUUGUCUUCCCUCGUCAAACCAAUAGCACCAGGCCAACAACAACAACAACAACAGGAUCCAUCUGCACAUGGUCAUUCCCAUCAACACGGGCCAAAUUGUCAACAUGGACAUUCCCAUGGGAUGCCUAAUCCUCAGGAGAUGUUUGAAAUACAAAUGGCUAUUCAAUCCCUUUCCCCACAGCUGCGGGAGGAUAUGGUGCGGAUUCAACAACGUAUGCAAAGCGGUCAGCCCCCAACACCAGAGGAUGCAGUCAAAAUGCAAGAGAUCCAACGGCACGUAACGGCAUUCAUGGCAACAAUGAGACAGUUUGCACAUAAUUCCUCUGCAAAGAAGUAA